CGAGCAUGGAAAGAGCGAAUGAGGGAUAAGCUUGACCACGAGAAGAUGUUGGAGAAAGGCCAAAAAAACUUGGUGAAGUUCUUGAACAGUUCCUACUGGAAUGAUUUCCAUGCCAUGAAGAAACAUAUGGGAAAGCACUGGGUUGCGCCGACACGUAUGUUCCGGCAGGACAAAGCACUAUACAUGCCGAACCUGAAAGGACGAACGCUGAACACAAGUUCGGCAAAAGACGAGAGUACGACGACAGCUAUCCUGAAUCACCCUGUCACUCUUGUUUCCAUCUUUUCUUCUCGGUCGGCUGAGGAGCAGGCUGCGACGUUCUCCAAUGCCUUCAGGGAACACUUUGCCUCUGCCGCAGAAGGUGAGCGACCCGGCAUGGUAAGCAUCAACGUCCAGGAAAACCCCUUAAAAGCAGCCCUUGUCUGGGCCUUUCUCCCGGGUAUCCGCAAAUCCGUACCUCCUGAGGAGCAUGACAACUACUUCUUCCUUACCAGCAGAUUACCAGAUGAGCUGAGAUACAGUAUUGGAUACCUUAACACGUACGUUGGGUACACAUACUUGUUGGAUUCAGAGGCCAGGAUCAGAUGGGCGGCAUGUGGUGAUGCGGAGGAGGUCGAGAAGAGUACGAUGAUCAAGGCUGCUACAAAGUUGCUC